ACAUCUCUAUAUAUACUAGACAACUUCUUCAUGGUAGUAGUCAUCCCGAGCCAAGACUUAUAACACAGAGAAAAAACCAAACAAACUUGAUUGAACAAUGGAGAACAAGUAUGAUCAAUUCAAAGGACAACCUCGUCUUCCCAAGUUUGCUGUCCCAAAGAGGUACAAUUUAAGGUUGAAGCCUGACCUUGUCACCUGUAAAUUCACUGGCUACGUUGACAUCUCUGUUGAUGUUGUCUCUGACACCAAAUUCAUUGUCCUCAAUGCUGCUGAACUAUCUGUUGACCCCAAGUCUCUUCACUUCAAAUCUUCAAACAAGGUAUUUGAAGCGUUGGAGGUGCGGUUGAUUGAAGAGGAUGAGAUAGUGGUGGUGGAGUUUGGAGAAAGUUUGCCACUUGGUGUUGGAGUUCUGAGUAUGGCCUUUGAAGGAACGCUCAAUGACAGGAUGAAAGGGUUUUACAGAAGUACCUACGAACAUAAUGGGGAGAAAAGGAACAUGGCUGUUACCCAUUUUGAACCAGCUGAUGCCAGGCGUUGCUUUCCGUGCUGGGAUGAACCUGCUUGUAAGGCCACCUUUAAGAUUACACUUGAAGUACCAUCGGAACAGGUAGCUCUCUCUAACAUGCCAGUUGAAGAAGAAAAAGUGACGGGGAAUCUUAAAACAGUUCAUUAUCAAGAGUCUCCAAUCAUGUCUACAUACUUGGUGGCAUUUGUGGUUGGCUUGUUCAACUAUGUUGAGGAUCAUACAUCUGAUGGAAUUCCUGUUCGAGUAUACUGUCAGGUAGGAAAGGCAAAUCAAGGGAACUUCGCAUUACACAUUGCUAUCAAAACGCUGCCCCUCUUCAGAGAGUACUUUGGUGCACCAUAUUCACUACCCAAAUUGGACAUGAUUGCCAUUCCUGAUUUUGCUAUGGGCGCGAUGGAAAAUUAUGGUCUAGUUACAUACCGAGAAACAGCAUUGCUUUAUGAUGAUAAGCAUUCUGCCGCUGCUAACAAGCAGAGGGUUGCGACUGUGGUGACUCAUGAGCUUGCUCAUCAGUGGUUUGGAAAUCUUGUAACAAUGGAAUGGUGGACACAUCUAUGGCUGAAUGAGGGUUUUGCAACAUGGGUGAGUUAUUUGGCGACUGAUAGCUUGUUCCCAGAAUGGAAGAUUUGGACUCAGUUUCUUGAAGAGGCCACUGAGGGACUUCGUCUAGAUGGGCUUGCAGAAUCCCACCCCAUUGAGGUUGACAUCAAUCAUGCCGGAGAAAUUGAAGAAAUUUUUGAUGCAAUUAGUUAUAAAAAAGGUGCAUCUGUCAUCCGGAUGCUACAGAGCUAUCUUGGACCUGAAAGUUUCCAGAGGGCACUUGCUUCAUACAUAAAAAGAUAUGCUUGCUCAAAUGCGAAGACAGAGGAUUUAUGGUCUGUCCUUCAGGAGGAGUCUGGUGAACCUGUGAACAAGUUGAUGAACUCCUGGACAAAGCAAAUGGGUUACCCAGUUGUCUCUGUCAAGAUUAAAGACCAAAAGCUGGAGUGUGCGCAGACACAAUUUUUACUGAGUGGUUCUCAUGGUGAUGGGCAAUGGAUAGUUCCGUUAACAGUCUGUUGUGGCUCUUAUGAAGCUCGUAAAAACUUCUUAAUGCAAGGAAAGUCAGAAGCCCUUGAUGUAAAGGACUUAUUAGGCUCUUCUUCGUCUAAAGGCAAUCCCUGGAUUAAAGUUAACGUGGACCAGACAGGUUUUUAUAGAGUUAAAUAUGAUGAUGAGCUAUCAGCUAGACUCAGACAUGCUAUAGAGAGCAAGUGCUUGUCAACAAAUGACAAAUACGGCAUUUUGGAUGAUUCAUAUGCCUUAUCUAUGGCGUGUCAUCAGUCUUUGUCAUCUUUGCUUGCCCUGAUGGCUUCUUUCAGGGAGGAGCUCGACUACACUGUUCUAUCAAAUCUAAUAAGUAUAAGUUACAAUGUUUCAAGAAUUGCAGCUGAUGCUGUUCCUGACUUGCAAAAUCACAUAAAGUUGUUUUUCAUCAAUCUUUUCCAGUUAUCUGCAGAGAGACUUGGUUGGGAUCCUGAACAAGGGGAAAGCCACCUAGAUGCCUUGUUGAGAGGGGAACUUCUGAAUGCUCUGGCUGCCUUUGGACAUGAUGAAACAAUAAAUGAAGCAAUCAGGCGCUUCCACAUAUUUUUGGAUGACAGAAACACAGCUGUCCUUCCUCCUGACUUGAGAAGGGCUGUUUAUGUAGCUGUGAUGCAAAGGGUGACUAAAUCAGAUAGAUCAGGGUUUGAAGCUCUUUUAAGAGUUUACAGAGAGACUGACCUUAGCCAGGAAAAGACACGAAUUUUAGGUGCAUUGGCAUCUUGCAAGGACCCCGAGAUUAUCCUUGAAGUUCUCAACUUCUUGUUAUGUUCUGAGGUACGGAGCCAAGAUUGUGUUUUAGGUCUUGCAGUUAGCCUUGAAGGCCGCGAAACUGCCUGGAAAUGGUUGCAAGAUAAAUGGGAUCAUAUCCACAAGACUUACGGCUCUGGAUUCCUAUUGACCCGCUUCAUCAGUGCAACAGUGUCACCGUUCUCGUCCUAUGAGAAGGCAAAAGAGGUUGAAGAGUUUUUUGCUAGCCGUACCAAGCCGUACAUUGCAAGGACGUUGAAGCAAAGCAUCGAGAGGGUUCACAUUAAUGCAAACUGGGUUCAGAGCAUUCAAAAAGAGGAGAAUCUUUCCGAGGCAGUGACGGAGCUAGCAUACAGGAAAUACUGAAGUCGCUUUUGUUGAUCUUAAUGCCCCCUUUAGGGAGCUUCUAGCUUCUUGUUAGCAAGUUAAACAUGGUACUUUUUAAAAUGGUUGUCUAAGAAAAAAAUGAAAAAACAGAGUACUCUGAUGAUCUGCCGUCGAUCAAACUAUAGGCGGUUUUACAUAUUUAAUAAAUGUUCAUACUUGACAAUCACCCUUUAGAUGCAAUAUUAAUUAAUCUGGUUUUUAGCA